CAAAAUGUGUGACAAACCGAUGGAAAUGCUGUUUUAGUGUUAAAAUAUGGAAAUAUUUGCGGGAAAUCUCAACGAGGAGCAUUACUGUACGAAAGUGCGCGAAGCAUAACGACACCACACGAAGUUCGUUCAACAGCACCAGCAAGCUAAAUUCUUGCUUUAUUUUAUGGUGUAGUGUGAAGUGAAAUGACAAUGAAUGCUCUAUAACGCGAAAAAAUUGUAAAAUAAUAGUGAAAAAUAAUGGAGUCUGUGAGUGUAAAGCAGGAAUUGGAGAUGGAGGAUGCGUCCGAUUCCGUGAUGUGGUACCAAAUUGAUGAAAAACCUAAAAUUGAUAAGAUUGAGUGUGCUGAGGCUCAAAUAACUACUGGCCAAGAAGUGAGAGUCGUCAGUGCUUCAGUUGUGGCGCAACUUCAGGCACAGGGACUGCAGGGGAAUGAUCUGAAUGCAGCCAUAAUGGCGGCAUCUCAGCCACAGUCAUCUGUACAGACGCAAGCACAAGCUCAAGCUCAAGCCCAAGCCCAAGCCCAAGCUCAAGCUCAAGCUCAAGCGCAGGUUCAGGCACAGGCGGCUCAAGUUGCACAGGUGCAACAGCAAAAUCAAGCUCAUAUGCAGGUGCAAAAUCAACCGGGACAACAGCAACAACCACAAGUUAUAACGUUGCAGCAGUUGCAGAAUUUUAUGCCGCAACAGGUUCAAACGAUGACAACGGCCGAUGGAACAUCUACGACUCCGACUUCUGGUGGGCCUAUUAAGACUUUUGUAACAUCACCACAGGCUCAGCCACAGGUUAUCAAUCUUCAAGGUUUACCACAACAAUUCAUACAAGGAAAUCAAUUGGUGCAGAAUCCUUCAAAUGGAAUGUUCCAAGUUGUUCAGCCUAUGCAAACGCUAACUGUUGAUGGUCAAGAGGCCCUAUUUAUUCCAAAUAUGGCAAAUACACAAUUCGCCGGAGCUCAGGCAGUUCAAAUAAAUGGCCAACAGGCUUUUCUUACACCUUCUGGUCAAAUCAUACGAGCACCAACUAAUGUCCUGCCAACGAACAUAUUGCAAAAUAUGUCUCAACCAGUUCAACUACCUUCAGCUGGUGGACAAGCUACACUAACAAUUCCGGGAACAAAUAUAACAAUACCAUUAGGAAAUCCUACAGGAGCAAAUGCAACAGGUACAAAUCAGCAGCAGCAGCAGCAGCAACAACAGCCACAAUUGGGUGCACAACAGCCGCAGCAGCAACAGCAGGCACAGCAGCAAAAUCAGAAUCAACAGGCACAGGCACAGCAGCAACAGACGAGGCAACAACAGCAAACUCAGGCACAACAGCCUACUACAACACCGCAGACGCAGCAGCAGCAACAGCAACAACAAACAAUUAUUACAAUUCCAGGCACUAACAUUCAAAUUCCUACGUCUGCUGCUACAGCUGGUGGGCUGAUGUCAGGCCAAAAUGUUCAAGUACGUCCAGCUGGUGGUCUACCACAAGUCGUCCAAUUUCCCACCAUGACACAAACUAUUCCUGUCCAAGUGCCAAUCUCCACUGCAAAUGGCCAGACUGUGUACCAGACAGUACAUGUUCCUGUUCAAUCUUUUGUCACAUCUAUGCCAGGACUAGUGCAGCCGCAGAUGCAGAUAAUUCCACAGUUGACACAAGUGGCCAAUAUCAUAACGCCAAGUGGGCAAAUUCAGCAAAUUCAGCUGGCACCGAUGAAUCCUUUGGCGGCUCUGCAGACCACCCAAGGAAACGCACCACCGCAAAAUGUCAUUGUUCAGCAAGCGGCACCUAACCUAGCGACUGUAUCGAAUUCCCAGGUACCAACUGUGCCUACGUCAGGAGUUCAGAGUGUCAGUGGCCAGGAUGCUCAAUUGGGUCAACAGCAAAUUACUAUUACUAAUCCACAAGGACAACAGCAACAGAUUACGGUAAUACCUGCACAGCCUAUUCAGCAGGUGCGUCAGAAUGGUGGAAUAAUUCAACUGCCUAAUUAUCCUGUGCAGCAUAUUCCUGGCAUUGGAAAUGUUCAGGUGAUCCCAGCCAGUGCUCUCAACAAUGGCAAUGCUAAUGUAUUAGCUCCUAUGCAGACUACCCCAAUAUCGACAUCACAUCCGCAAACCUUUGCCUUAGCGCCUCAGCUGAAGUUGGAUCAGCCCCUGAAGCUGGAUCAGCAGCCGCAGCAGUUGAAAUUGGAGCAGCAGAAUACCAGCGGGAGUGGGGCCACGGGUGCGGGUGGGAGUGGGGGAGGUGAUGUGAAGUGGUUGAUAUCGAGUGCCCCGGUGACGACGCAUUCGGCGGGGGGUAUAGCGCCAGCGGCGCAACAGUUGGCAGAAAUACAGCAAAGUCCGGGAAACGCGGGCACGUUGGUAUCGGCGACGGCGGGCGCACCGGGUACCACGGGCCACAGCAGCGCCCCCGUAAACGUCAACAUCAAGGUGAUGGAGGGAUCAGAGGUGCCCAAGCCCCGGGUACGUCGGGUGGCAUGUACAUGCCCCAAUUGUACCGAAGGUGAACGCCAUACGGAUCGGAAGAAGCAGCACAUCUGUCACAUACCUGGCUGCAAUAAAGUGUACGGCAAAACGUCGCACCUGAGGGCCCAUCUGCGAUGGCAUACAGGUGAACGACCUUUUGUCUGUUCAUGGCUGCACUGCAGCAAAAGAUUUACGCGGUCAGAUGAAUUGCAACGCCACAGACGAACACACACUGGCGAAAAGAGAUUUGAGUGCACUGAAUGCAAUAAGAAGUUCAUGAGGAGCGAUCAUCUGUCCAAGCACAUCAGAACUCAUAUGAAGGCGCGACACAGUAUGGGUCUCUUCGAUGAAUCAGAUGAAGUGAAAUCAUUCAAUGGGAUUAAGGAGAAUUCCCCGACGAUGCAGGAUAUGUAUGACGAAGAAAAUCAGGGAGUCAAAAUGAUUGAGACGAAACAGGAGAGUGGAGAGCAGGAAAAGAGUGAGGUAAUCAUGACAUUGAUGAUACCAAGACAAGAGGAGGCACCUGCUGAAGAUAAUGGGGAAAUGAUUUGGGAUUCAGCUCCUGUUCAUACAUCUUCUCCCCUUGCACCGAGUGCAACUCAAGUCUUUGAAGUAAAAGAGGUCUUUUAUUUUUUGCUUUUUUUAUUUCUUUUUUACUUUAAUUUUUUUUAUUGAUUGUUCCUUUUUUACCUCACACGAAAUUGAUCAUACAUUCAGCUUAGAAAAAUUUUCAGAUGUUAAAAUAGAAGGUAAUUACAUGGCGAUGCUGUUUUUCUCUAAUUCCAGGAGACGGCUGCAUUAACACAAUCGGCCUCUUCAGAUAGCAACGACAGUUCAGACGAGAAGAUGAUGAUUUUGGGUACGGAAGAUGGAAUAGAAAUUGGAGAAAAUAGUAACUAGCAUUCAGAUAGCCUGCAUCAAAUGCAUUUCACAUCCUUCGCGGGUCGAUUGUCAUUUGGGCAGUUUUAAAACAAAAUAUUGAUGAAAAUUCGAAAAAUUUUAAAAAAUCGCGACAGUAAGUUUAUUAUUUCUUUAAUAAAUUGGUUGUUUUUAAGCCUUUAAGGACAAAGGUGUCAAAAAUUCUGGGACACAGUCAGGAUUUUAAAAUGUACAUACAUUUUUAUUAUUUAAAUUAAACUAAUUGGAAUUUAAUUCAAAAUGUGUAUAAUAAAAAAACGCCAUAAAAAUUGAUUAUGUUUAAAUUUUUCUUGGAUUUAUUGCUGAAGCACGAAGUAUUAGGCGUAUAAUGUUACAGAAAAUAUUUAUUUGUUAAGAUGUAUAUAGAUUUAAGAACCAAAAGGAUCAAAAUGGCUAGAAAAAUUUCAUUACUAAUUGCACUUUUAAGGUGUUUAGAUUAAGAAUUUUAGUGGUUAAAAAUUUCACGGAAAAUAUGUAGUAAAAUUGAAAAAUGAAUCUCAAAAUGUAUUUGAAUAUUAGUGGUUUCGCGUAAUUGAAAUAUUUCUAAUUAAAUACAAUUGAUAAUAAAAAAUGAAA